UUCACGAGAAUUUGGCGAGAUCUCCUACGUGAUGGAUGGACAGCGAAGCGGCCAUCGUUGCGCAGUUUGGACACCCGCUACCGCUACAUCCCACCGGAUGGUGGUGUUGCUGGGCAAGAAGGCCGAGACUUUUUUAGGGGAGGAGGCAAUAGUCGCGCACGUCACCAGCACUUUACAGCUCAAUCUUGCUGCUGUGAGUGA